GAAAACUUGGCAACCGGAAGAAGUGAUUGUGUAAAUUCGAGAAUUUACUUAUAUUUUGGAAUGCCUAAUAAUCAGGGUAGAAUUGAGAAAUACCAUUCUUACUGCGAUGAUGAUAUAAUCGAUUGGUCGACUGAAGCUACUGCCAUCAUUGAAGAUAUAGCCCAACAUAUUAAAGAAGCGACACUUUCCAAAAUUCUCAAGCCGACACUCUCGGAAUCUUUCAUGAAUUUGACGACAUUGGAAGAUAAACGAAUGUGCAUCAAAGUGAGCGCCGUCGGGUUAGAGGUAGUCGGAGAUGAAUAUGAUCAAAACGAAAAAGAUCGUUUAGAACUUAAGCGCUACGAAACGCCCUACGCUCUACUCUCGGAUCUAUCCCCAUCCUACAUAAACGCUUUCGGAAACAAUCUUGAAAAUGCAUUAAAACAGUAUCUUGAAACAUCUUCUAACAAGUGAAGCGAAUCGUGAAUAAAUGUUGCUAUGUAUACAUUUGAAGAAUAAAUCCUGUUUA